CCACUGCCUGUUGACUGCAUUGAGUGCACCACUCAUACAGUCAUACAAUCAUACAGUGGUUUGUGUGGUAUUUAACACAACACGCGUGUCUGCGAUCACUGUCUAUGGCUAUGGCAUUAUAUCCCAGAAUGAUCAUCGACUCCAUGGACCAGAGACAUGACCAACACGUGGACCAACACCUGCCGCACGAAGACAGCGAUGCGCGUGAAGACAAUGACACGACACCAGCGCUUACGGCACACCAUAUGAAUGGACUGCACGACGAGACGAUUGCGGAUCCGUUGGAUCAAAAAGGCGGUGAUAAGCGCAACGACACGUCGGACGCCGACAGCGUCGCUGAGAGCGACGCCAGCGAUGACGCCAACGACGAGCUGAACGCUCUGCAGAUGAAUCAACUGCAAGAACUGCACGAAGAGGGCUCGAGUGAUAGCGGGAAAGGGGGCAGCGAUUGCACGUGUGAUAUACUGCACGCCAGCCCUAUAGAGCACCGGAGUCUUCUGGACGCGGGCGCCGGCGGUCCGCACGAGACGGUUGUCUAUCAGUUUGAAAUCCCGCAAUACCUGUGCGGACGCCUCAUCGGAGAAAAGGGUCGGUUUGUGACGCAAAUCAAACGCGAGACGACGACCACUGUUGUGAUCAAUCAACACAUGUUCGCCAGUGAUAUGAAGAUAUGCACGCUCACAGGCACGAGGUCUGCCAUCAAAGAGGCGCUGAUUCUGAUUCGGAUGCGCUUCCCAUUGCACGCCUAUGCGGACGUCUCGUUACAACAAAUCAAUUUGAUUAACGCCUCGCAAACCUGCGCUCUGCCGCAGACGUGUCAGCUCCAAUUACCGUCGGGUAUAUCCUGUGAUGUGAUACUGUCCAGUCUGGUCAGCGCCGGUCACUUUUUCCUGCAACAGCCCACUCAUCCCACGUACCCAUCGCUCAGCCGUUUAGACCAUUACAUGAAUCAGACGUAUUCGCAACAAAACACGCCGUUCCUGCCAAACAUUCACACGGGAAUGGUGUGCACAGUGCCUGUGAUGGGCGGGUGGUAUAGGGCUGUCAUCACCAAAGUGUACGACACGGACGAGUGUGACGUAAUGUUUGUGGAUUACGGCGGCUUCUCUCGGCUGCCGAUGUCCUCAUUGAGACAAAUCCGCUACGACUUCAUGACUCUGCCCUUCCAGGCGUCCGAAUGCUAUUUAGCACACAUCGAGCCCAUCGACGCCGACAUGGGCUGGACUCCCGAAGCGAACGCACUGUUCGAGGAGUUAGCUCAGGGACAGAUACUUCAGGCCACUGUCGUGGGCUUUGCCCAGAAUGGCAUUCCGUUGGUUAAUCUCUUCAAAAUACAGGGGAUUAAUAAUGUGUUCAUAAAUCAAGAGCUCGUAAACCGAAGUCACGCUCAAUGGGUGAACAGUAGGGCGUCGUAACAGCAGACGAAUUGUUUAUGGGUUUUAAACCAAAUUAUUAUUUAAUUGCCAUAUAUUUAGUCAUCCGAUCCGUUGGGAUCCGAUACGAUGUUGGAGAAUGAGUUGAUUAUGGUUUUAGUUUUUUUUAAAUUGUAAUUAAGUAUUUUUAAAAGAGAUGCUCUUAUCUCUCAAUCAAAUCUACUUCCGUUUUCAUGUAUUAACUAAUCGACGACUUUCUAAUUCAAUUUUGACUCACCUUUUGGGGUCAAUAAUGUUAUGAUUAUUAAUGAUCAUUAUAUUAUCAUUGAUUACUCGAUUAUUAUUAAUUUAAAUUUAUCGUAUAAUGCAUUGUUAUAUCUAUUAUUAUAAUGUCGUGGGCUUUCCAAUCAAUCGUUCAUAAUAUUACUGUUGAGGCGAUCAUUGAAUUUUUGUAUAUCAAAGAGAAAAACGAUACCAUUAUUUUGAUUAAUAAAAGCAAAAAAGCAAAUUAUUAUUAACUAUAA